AUGACGUCAUCGCUAAUCGGCAUUGCGGAUUGGCCGAUUAGCAGGAGGAGGGAAGGAGACUCACUCCACCACGGAACCUAUGUGAGAGGGUUCCAUCUUGUUAAGGCCGGCGCCACAGCAAUGCGGAUGCGGCCGCCUGCCCGGCAUGAAAGGUUUUUAAUAAUUAAUUUUUUUACCAGAGCGGCUUUCUAAUUACACGGUUUAGGCGGCCGCGAGGCCUUAGGCGGCCGCCUAAACCGCCUAAUUAGAGAGCCGCCUCUGCUUAUUUCAGAAGCACAGAGUGUAAGCUUGUUUGUGUUUACCACUUCCUCAUAGAGUGUAAGCUUGUUUGUGUUUACCACUUCCUCAUAGAGUGUAAGCUUGUUUUAGUGUUUACCACUUCCUCAUAGAGUGUAAGCUUGUUUUAGUGUUUACCACAUCCUCACAGAGUGUAAGCUUGUUUUAAUGUUUACCACUUCCUCACAGAGUGUAAGCUUGUUUUAAUGUUUACCACUUCCUCACAGAGUGUAAGCUUGUUUUAGUGUUUACCACGUCCUCAUAGUGUAAGCUUGUUUGUGUUUACCACAUCCUCAUAGAGUGUAAGCUUGUUUUAGUGUUUACCACAUCCUCAUAGAGUGUAAGCUUGUUUUAGUGUUUACCACUUCCUCAUAGAGUGUAAGCUUGUUUGUGUUUACCACUUCCUCAUAGAGUGUAAGCUUGUUUUAGUGUUUACCACUUCCUCAUAGAGUGUAAGCUUGUUUUAGUGUUUACCACUUCCUCAUAGAGUGUAAGCUUGUUUUAGUGUUUACCACUUCCUCAUAGUGUAAGCUUGUUUUAGUGUUUACCACUUCCUCAUAGAGUGUAAGCUUGUUUUAGUGUUUACCACUUCCUCAUAGAGUGUAAGCUUGUUUUAGUGUUUACCACUUCCUCAUAGAGUGUAAGCUUGUUUGUGUUUACCACUUCCUCAUAGAGUGUAAGCUUGUUUGUGUUUACCACUUCCUCAUAGAGUGUAAGCUUGUUUGUGUUUACCACUUCCUCAUAGAGUGUAAGCUUGUUUUAGUGUUUACCACUUCCUCAUAGAGUGUAAGCUUGUUUUAGUGUUUACCACUUUCUCAUAGAGUGUAAGCUUGUUUUAGUGUUUACCACUUCCUCAUAGAGUGUAAGCUUGUUUGAGUGUUUACCACUUCCUCAUAGAGUGUAAGCUUGUUUUAGUGUUUACCACUUCCUCACAGAGUGUAAGCUUGUUUUAGUGUUUACCACGUCCUCAUAGAGUGUAAGCUUGUUUUAGUGUUUACCACUUCCUCAUAGAGUGUAAGCUUGUUUUAGUGUUUACCAAUUCCUCAUAGUGUAAGCUUGUUUUAGUGUUUACCACUUCCUCAUAGAGUGUAAGCUUGUUUUAGUGUUUACCACUUCCUCACAGAGUGUAAGCUUGUUUGUGUUUACCACUUCCUCAUAGAGUGUAAGCUUGUUUGUGUUUACCACAUCCUCACAGAGUGUAAGCUUGUUUUAGUGUUUACCACUUCCUCAUAGAGUGUAAGCUUGUUUUAGUGUUUACCACUUCCUCAUAGAGUGUAAGCUUGUUUUAGUGUUUACCACUUCCUCAUAGAGUGUAAGCUUGUUUUAGUGUUUACCAAUUCCUCAUAGUGUAAGCUUGUUUUAGUGUUUACCACUUCCUCAUAGAGUGUAAGCUUGUUUUAGUGUUUACCACGUCCUCAUAGUGUAAGCUUGUUUUAGUGUUUACCACGUCCUCAUAGAGUGUAAGCUUGUUUGUGUUUACCACUUCCUCAUAGAGUGUAAGCUUGUUUGUGUUUACCACAUCCUCAUAGAGUGUAAGCUUGUUUUAGUGUUUACCACUUCCUCACAGAGUGUAAGCUUGUUUUAGUGUUUACCACUUCCUCAUAGAGUGUAAGCUUGUUUUAGUGUUUACCACUUCCUCACAGAGUGUAAGCUUGUUUUAGUGUUUACCAAUUCCUCAUAGUGUAAUCUUGUUUUAGUGUUUACCACUUCCUCACAGAGUGUAAGCUUGUUUUAGUGUUUACCACUUCCUCAUAGAGUGUAAGCUUGUUUUAGUGUUUACCACUUCCUCAUAGAGUGUAAGCUUGUUUGUGUUUACCACUUCCUCAUAGAGUGUAAGCUUGUUUGUGUUUACCACUUCCUCAUAGAGUGUAAGCUUGUUUUAGUGUUUACCACUUCCUCAUAGAGUGUAAGCUUGUUUUAGUGUUUACCACUUCCUCAUAGAGUGUAAGCUUGUUUUAGUGUUUACCACUUCCUCAUAGAGUGUAAGCUUGUUUUAGUGUUUACCACUUCCUCAUAGAGUGUAAGCUUGUUUUAGUGUUUACCACUUCCUCAUAGAGUGUAAGCUUGUUUUAGUGUUUACCACUUCCUCAUAGAGUGUAAGCUUGUUUUAGUGUUUACCACUUCCUCAUAGAGUGUAAGCUUGUUUUAGUGUUUACCACUUCCUCAUAGAGUGUAAGCUUGUUUUAGUGUUUACCACUUCCUCAUAGAGUGUAAGCUUGUUUUAGUGUUUACCACUUCCUCAUAGAGUGUAAGCUUGUUUUAGUGUUUACCACUUCCUCAUAGAGUGUAAGCUUGUUUUAGUGUUUACCACUUCCUCAUAGAGUGUAAGCUUGUUUUAGUGUUUACCACUUCCUCACAGAGUGUAAGCUUGUUUUAGUGUUUACCACGUCCUCAUAGAGUGUAAGCUUGUUUUAGUGUUUACCACUUCCUCAUAGAGUGUAAGCUUGUUUGUGUUUGCCACUUCCUCAUAGAGUGGAAGCUUGUUUGUGUUUGCCACUUCCUCAUAGAGUGGAAGCUUGUUUGUGUUUGCCACUUCCUCAUAGAGUGUAAGCUUGUUUUAGUGUUUACCACUUCCUCAUAGAGUGUAAGCUUGUUUUAGUGUUUACCACUUCCUCAUAGAGUGUAAGCUUGUUUUAGUGUUUACAACGUCCUCAUAGAGUGUAAGCUUGUUUGAGUGGGGUCCUUCUUCACAUCUUGUCUAGGUUAUAUACACUAUGUAAAUUACUUGUCAAAUAUCCCAGUUUUUACAAGUAGCCGCAAAAUAAGUUGGUGCUUUAUAAAUGCUAGUAAUUUCUUCUUUUGGCCUAAAAUGUGAAAUCUCCUUUGAAUUUUUGACAAUACACACUUUAGUGAAUAACCAUGAUGGCAUUAACAAUACUUUGUACUAGGUUGGAGCUUCAACAUACAAACAUUACUAUAUGUGCUUUUUUUCUUUUUCUGUUUAGGAAUCACAAAAGACAUUGCAUCUGCAGAUUUCGACAUGAAAAACUCAGUUUAAUGCAAACAGUAACAUUUUUGGGAAGAUAUGUGUAACCAAUAACAUUUUUGGGAAGUUAUGUCUUUUAGUUGAGUGCCUGGCAGACUUGCUAGGAAUCGAACAGCAGUGCAUUGAUUAUGUAAUGGCUUUAUGUAGAGUUGGAAAAAUGAACAAAAAUGUCACAUUCUGGUUGUCUUUUAGGAGCGUUCAUUUUGUUGAGCUAUGUAAACUAGCUGAUUUAUUGUACAGUUUGAAAUGGUUGUGUCAUAAUAGGAAUCACAACAUUUUUAAAUGUUGUUUUUUUUAUUUUUUUUAUACCAGAUGGAGCCUGAACAUUCAAGACCGCAUUCUGAACUAAAUAUGGAUUUGAAGAUCUCCUUUGUAAAUUGUCAGUCCAAUGAUAUUCUAGUGAAAUUUCAAGGAAAAUAUAUUUCGGACUGUGAACUUGAUUAUCAUAUAUUGCAAAAUGAAAUUCAGCUUGCCCCUAAAGUUAAAGCCAACACUGGCAUUGGAGAGUUUUGUUUGGUACAAGACAAACCAUUUGGAACUUGGAACAGAGGAAAGAUUUUGGAUAUAAUAAGUGGAAUAUAUGAAGUUCUGUUGAUUGACCAAGGCAAUGUAGUCAAAGUUAGCUCCAGUUACAUUGCCUCAGCUUCUGGGGAAUUGUUUAACCUUCCUCCAAAAGUGGUCAGUGGUAUUGUUUCCAACAUUCUUCCAACUGGAGAAAAGUGGACUCCUAAAGCAGUAAAUUACUUUUCAUCUUUGGUUGGACUACAAAUCAGAGGCCAUGUGCAAACAUUUUUGCCACAUCAAGUCGUCCUAUUGGAGAUUCCAAAAGUGAUCAACUACGCCAUCGAGCUAAACUUGGCAAAGUACGUUGAUUCUAAUUCGUUCUGUCUUCUCGUUGAAAUUAUUCACAAAUUUCCAACAAACUCAAAUUGGAAACAAAUGCCUGACUUAUUGCAGCAGAGAAAGAUACAUUCUGAUUUUUCUCUCCGUUUAGGUGAUAAUCCUCCUAGUUUUAAAAAGGUACUGGAUCACCUUAAACCUAACCUAUCACUGGGCACCACUGAAAAGGUUAGGAUCUCCGCUGCUAUGAGCGCAGAUCGAUUUUAUUGUCGUCUUUUGUCAUGGGAGGAAGAUUUGAAUAAUUUGACUGCUUCUAUGACUUCACACUAUGAAGCCAUUAAUGCGGAACAAAAUACAGUAUCAGACUAUUUUGGUGUACUCUGUGCCGCAAAAAGAAGAGAUGGGUUAUGGCACAGGGGAGUAAUACAUAAGCUUAUUUCUGGUGAAGAAGUGAGAAUUUGGUUUAUGGAUAUAGGUAGCUAUGAAACGAUGUCUUCUUCUAAUAUGCAGAAACUUCAACUGGAGUUUCUGUCCUUGCCAAUGAUGGCGAUCCCGUGUUCACUUGCGGCAGUUAGUGACCAAACUGAAAGUACCCGAAAUAUGCAACUGAUGCAAAUCAAACAAGGCCUGCUAGGAAAUAUAAUUAUAGCCCACAUCAACCAAUUUUGUAGUGAAGAGCAUCUGUAUUAUGUAACUUUGUAUGAGAAGGACUUCGAGCUAAAUGUAGAAUGCCAGCUGUCAAAUGAGCAUGUUUCCAAGAUCUCAGAUGCUAACGGGAAUUUCCAUAAUGCAGCAGUCUCCACAAAAGAAGAGCGAAAACAAUCACCUGUAUCAGCUUUAACUGAAACUGAAAAGGAUGACGUUGAAACAAUAACUUACAAAACUAUACAAAUGGAUGUAGAUUCAGUCCACGUGGUAUUUGUGGAGUACAUAUUAAACCCUUCUAAUUUUUGGAUAAGGACUGAUGACUGUCAGCAUGCGUAUUCAGCCAUGAUGGAGGAUAUUACAAAACUGUAUGAUUCAUGUGGACCUGCUGAAAAACUUCUUGAAGACUUGGUACCUGGCCAGCUUUGUUGUGCCCUUUAUACUAAAGACCGACAUUAUUAUAGAGCUGUCAUUACUGAAAUAAUGGACUUGGAGGUCACAGUUUAUUUUUUGGAUUUUGGGAAUACUGAAACUGUUGACCGUUGCAAUGUUAAAACGUUGUUACCACAAUUCACUAUUUUGCCUGCAUUAGCUAUGUGCUGCACGCUGGCUUAUGCAUAUCCUGUUGAAGAUGUGUGGGUGAAAAGUGCCAAUGAUUAUUUUAAACAAAUUGUUUCCGAUAAGCCCCUUUUUUGCCACGUUCUUGCAAAACAGAAAUACAAAUAUGUGGUUGAUAUACGGAAUUCAGAAAGCUCUGAAAACUCAAAUAUUGUUGCACUUAUGGUUCAGGCUGGAUUUGCGGAGAUCUGGAAGAUUGAACUAAAUCCUGCAGCACCCAAUAUGCAGAGCAACUCUCGGCUUCACAAAACUGUGAAAUGUAAAAAACUUUCUAAGCAACAAUCUUAUUUUAAUGUUGAGAACUGCAGGUCAAAAAAAGUUGUUCAAAUGACAAAUGGCAUCACGGAAGUAAGCACACAGAUUGCUCCCAAAGAGAGAUCCUCACAUUAUUCAGAAACGUGGGAUUCUGCAACAACUACUGAACCUACGAUUACUUAUAAGCAGUAUAUAUUUAAGCCCGGGACUGCAGUGGAUGUAAAUGUUUCACAUGUAAACACACCAGCAGAUUUUUGGUGUCAACAGCUUUCCAAAUCUUCACAGCUAAAGGUCUUGAUGUUAGAAAUUCAAAAAUACUAUUCAACUUGCAAAAGUAUGUAUCAGCCAGGACAAAUAGCUUGCGUUGCUAAACGUAUGUGUGACGGUAUUUUUUACAGGGCAUCAGUCACAAACCAGACCUCACGUAAAAAAAUUGAGGUGCUUUUUGUGGACUAUGGCUUUCUUGAGAAAGUUCCAUUUUCCGAACUCAGGGAAAUUAAAUCACACUUUCUUAAACUAGAAGGUCAAGCAUUUCGCUGCAGCUUGAAUGCAGUUGCUCCUGUUUGGACAUCUGCAGCUUGUAGGGACUUUAAAAACUUUGUUAAAGCAACCACUCUGAAUUUAAAAUGCACAAUCUAUGCACUGUAUAGCGGAGAGACUUCUGGUCUCUGCAAUGCAGUAAAAUUGGAAAAUCCUUAUAAUGACGCCUGCCAGUAUUUAGUUGAAAAAGGACAUGCUGUUGUCCUCUGUGACACUAUUCAGUCUGUCAAUCUACACACUUUCUGUUAUUCCGACUUUGGUAUUAAAGUUGGAGACAAGGAGCAAGUUUAUGUUACUUAUUUUUAUAACUCUGGGAAAUUUUACUGCCAGCUUGCUAGGAAUACCAGCGUGAUUGAAGAACUAAUGGAGAAUCUCUCUAGAAUUGGAGAGAAAAUAAAGCCUGAAGAAUGUAUGGGGAAAAAAAGCAGUCUGUGCAUCGUAAAGUACUCAGAAGAUGGUAAUUACUACAGGGCUGUAACUUGUCCUGUAACAACUUCAUCUUGCUUUGGUGCCUUUUUUGUUGACUUUGGAAACAACCAGAUGGUUACUGAAAACGAGAGACUACCUAUUCCAGGUGAUGCAGCAGAUAUAUUAUGUGUACCAAUGCAGGCCAUUCAGUGUUCAUUUUUUGAUUUAAGAGAUACUAUUAUCACACCCAAAGUUAAAAAAUGGUUUGAGGAUCACUGCAUCGGUAAAUUACUGAAAGCUGUAGUUGUUGCGAAAAACAGUGACGGGCAGCUGGAGUUAGAGCUGUAUGAUGGAAAGAUCCUAAUAAAUCAAAAGAUUAAGGACCUCUUGGGAACAAGUUCCCAUAUAGAGACUUCUGAAAUGCAAGUGAAACAUAGUAAUGGAUACACUGAAAAUGGAAAUACUAAACCCAACACCAUACAGUGCAAACCAAGAGAAAAACAGAGUCUGAAGCCAGAUUUGAAUGGCGAAGAUCCCACAAUUUCAAACCAAAUUCCUAUGGACACAGACCUUGCACAGAAAUCAAAACCCAGAAGUGACGGUUUUGUUAAAUGUAAAACUUCUAAGCUGCAGACAUUGAAAAAAACUGUUGUAAAGUGCAGUGAUCUUCCACAAGAAAAUAUUGAGCCAGGCACAACUCUCAUUGGAUAUACUUGUCAUAUAAAUAACCCGUAUGACUUUUAUAUCCAGCUUGCCGAACAUGAGGAAAACAUUCUGCUUCUUGCGGAGGAUUUAAAUAAAGAAACUGCAUCUUUUCAGGUGAUUUCAGUGAAUGACUUGAAAACUGGCAAUUUAGUUAUAGCUCGAUACCCAGAGGAUCUGGCUUUGUAUCGAGCAGUCAUUAAAGAAGUUAAGGAAGAGCAUGUCUUUGAAGUAGAAUUUAUUGACUACGGUAAUACAGCAAAUGUAGAUUCCUCAAACAUAUUCAUGCUUCCUGAUAACUUUUUGACUACGCCUAAGUUGAGCAUCCAUGCUUCUCUUAGUGGACUUGAUGAUUUGCAAACAAUCGAUAAAUGGAGUGAAAAUAUACUCUCCAGCUUCUCUGAUCUGGUCAACAGCAAACCUUUGAGUUGUACUUUCAUAAGUGUUCAUAACUCAUGGUGGAAGGUCUGCUUAACCUAUGAAGGUAAGACUGUAGCAGAUGAAUUUAUAAGCUUCUUUAGAACAAGCAUUCAAAAAUCCCCUUCAGUAUCAAAAGAAUAUAUUCCUGAGUUAUGUCUAGCAGUUGAUUGUGAAAAAGCUGUAGACAUGGUCGGCAAGAUUGAAUCUGAUCAUCCAGUCCCAAGUCAGAGUUUUCAGCCCAGCCAGUUGGAAAAAGUGAAAUGUGUUUUCUUUUCGGACUGUGGAAUAUUCUUUGUUACAUUAGAACAAAAUUCUCAGGAAUCUAAUUUAACUUCACUGAUAUCUUCUACUGUCCACAAAGCUGACAACAGGCUUGUUGUGAAAAAUAUUACCGAAGGGAUGGUGUGUUUAGCAAAAUCUGUUAAAAUGGAAAUGUGGUUCCGUGCAACCGUAGAGAAGACCUAUCCAGAUAAAAUGAAAAUGCUGGUAUUUUUUAUUGAUCAUGGCUCAAGGGAAACUAUAAGUAUGCACAAUGCAAAAAUGCUGGAAGGUGAUGUAUUAAAUAUCCCAAAGCAGGCAGUAGCCUGUAAAUGGGUUUGGGCUAAAAAUGUAGACGAAGCAUCAUUUAGAGAAGCGGUGUUAUCGAACAUUCAAAAAAAUAUCCAGGUCCUUUUUCUCGAUUUCAUAUCCUCAGACAGUGCUUGGAAGGUGGAGGUUUUGAUAAGUGGCUCACUUCUAAUGGAGCAUUUUCAUAAUAGAGGCUUUGCAGUAUAUGAUAAAUGUAACAUUCCAAGCAUGUGUGACAAUUCAGGAGCCCUGUCCUUUCCAAAAUUGUCAAUUCCAGUGGCCCAAUUCCAGUUUAUGACACUCUACCCUGGCUUUGUAACUGCCGCCAAUGAUCCAUCAGACUUCUGUCUUCAGUUAGAUGAUUGCGAAGACGCAAUUAACAACCUAUCAGAAAUUAUGGCAAAUCUUCCCGGUGAGAUCCCCUCUUUGCCAUCUAAUUCACUCGCCCUUGGAUGUGUUUGCCUUCUAAAGUGCUUUUCUGGAAAAGAGUGGUGCCGAGUGGAAAUUGUAGGCAUAGUGAAUAAUUUCAUUUUGCUGAACCUUCUUGAUUAUGGUGUGUUCAAGAAGAUCCUUUGUGUGGAUAGUGACAAAUUAAAAAUCAUACCAAAAGAACUUGCAGGUUUUCCAGCGCUAACCUAUCAAUGCGCACUACACGGUGUGAUUCCUCAUGGAUCCCAUUGGUCCAAAGAAGCAACUGACUUUUUUUUGCAAUUUGUAAAAAAACACGACCUGAUGAUACAGUUUAUUAAAACAAGUGCCAACAACAAAUUCGAAGUUUGUAUAUAUGGUGAAGGUCAAGGAAGGCUAGCUUAUCAGUUGGUUUCCAAAGGACACGCAAGGCACAAUGAAAAUGAAGACCCAAAGUCAUAUUCUGAAAAUGUUUUGGAAUCCGAUAUGGUAAGAAUCAUGGUAAAGCCUCAGGUAAACUUGAAAGGGUGUAUGUGUAAAGCACAAGAAAGGGAGAAUUAGCAAAGCAGAUACAGUAACUUAAAGGAAAUAGUAACAAUUUAGUAGAUAUACCUGAAAUAUGCAUGCAAAUAUUUUUGUUUUCCUGCAUUUUUCUUUGGGGGUGCAUGGGAACAAAAGAACAAUUUACAAAAGCUGCAGCAGGCAAGAAGCACUUUACAUUCUGUGUUCCAUCUGGACAACUCCUUCUUGCGCCCUGCAGUAAGCCGGCCACCGGGAUAUGACGUCAUCCUGGUAUCCGAAUCAAUGCUGGGCGCGCAAGGGACCGGUGCAGGAAAAGCACAGAGAUGUAUGUGACUGUGUGUGUGGGUCUGUGAUUUUAUGUGUGGGUGGUUGUGUGCAUAUGUAAAUACAUGUGUAUUUGUUUAGUAUAUAGCUCUCUAAGUUGGUAUCCCCAAACAUGGCAUAAGGGUAAAAAAUAAGGGUUAUCUACUAAAAAAAACUUAAGAAAAGGGCUUUUAAAGUUUUAUUAUACAAAUUAUGUUAGAGAUUUUAUCUGUGGCCCAAGGCAAUUCACCUGUGCUCAAUGCAGCACAGGAAAGCCAAAAGGUUAGACACCCAUUUGUUAAAGGGUUAAAGAUCGCCGUACAUAUAGAUGUAUGUAUGUGUAUAUGUAUUAUAUAUAAUAUACAUGUAUCCUAUAUAUGUAACUUCAUACUUCGUGAAUUAUAAUAAUCUAAUUAUGUAUAUUAAUAUUAAAAUACACUUAGAAUGACUUUAUACACACACACACACGUGUGUGUGUGUGUAUGUAUGUAUUUAUAAAAUUGUGAUUAUAAACUCCUUCCACCUGAAGUCUGUGGAUAGUUAAUACAAUGUUAAACAGAAAUCUGCACACCAGUCAAGCCAUAAGACUUGCUUUUCCCACAGAAAUCACAAAUUUGCAGUGAUGUUACUACCACAAAGGAAUCUGGAGGGGCAUAUGCAAAUUAUUUCAACAAAGAAUCACAUUUUUGCCUCGUUCCAUUUUAAACAUGGAUUCCUUUGAGUCUGUGUUUGAUGCAUACCACAGCUUUGAAACACAACUUGGGAAAAGCAAAACUGUGAUUCUUUGUUGAACUAAUUUGCAUAUGCCCACCCAGAAUCCUUUGCAGUAGUAACAUCACUGCAAAUUUGUGAUUUCUGUGGGAAAAGCAAGUCUUAUGGCUUGACUGGUGUGCAGAUUUUUGUUUAACAUUGUAGUUAAUAUAUAUAUAUAUAUAUAUAUUUAUAUAUAUAUUCUAAUUUGUAGAUUGGAUUAGCCGUAUUAGUCCAGUAGGCAAGAUGCCAAAAUACCGCAGUUUUUCAGUAUGCUUGGCAGUCUCCUUCCUCUGAGUGCAUCUGGAUUCAUAUUAGUUUGUGUGUGUGUGUCUCUAACAAAAUACACUUAGAAUGAAAUGCUAUAAAUAAAUAAGAUGCCACAAUACCAGAGAAUCUGAGAUGCAGUUUAAGGCCAGUUUCUCCAAUGUAGCAACCUUUGUCACACACUGUACACUGUAUGAUGUACACCACGUAGGCAGAUGUGAACGAAAAUGAUCCUUUAAUGUUGUAUGACUUGUUAUUGUCUAGCUGUGUUGACACAGUUUGCAGAGUGAUUUGUUGCAUCACACAGUGUCAUUCAGUGUGAGCUCCUGUUCUGUGGUCCAUUUGCUGCCGACCAAUCUCUGGCUCAGGUUAAGCGGUUGCUUGAAUGCUAGUAUGGGGGGACCAGGAAACAUUUUUUUGAGUCUAAAAUUAAUGGUUGUAGCUCUUUAAUAAUUUUACGUACUCCUUUUAGAGUUGGGUUGUAUGUAACUACUAGAGGGAUUUGUUUUCCUUUUCUUUGUAUUGUAGGAGCUUUUCCCGUGGUGUUUUUGGGGCAGAUUUUUUUUUUUUGUUUUUUUGUUUUAUAUAGUGUAAUUUCCUUGUAGCUUGGGAUGAGCAUGGGCAAAUUUUGGUUCGGUUUGGAAAUUCGGCUAAGUUAAAAUAAAAUUGUCUGCUUCGGCAAUUCGGACAAAUGGCAUUUAGUUUGGUUCUGCACUUCGGCACUUUGGACAUUCGUAAACGUCCGAAUGGCAUGAAAUUUGAAUGAAUGUACAUUUGGAAUGAAACGAAUCGCACAUGUUUGUGGUAACAUGAAUGCAAGCCAACACCCUGACAGGCUGAUUUAUAUGCUUUCCUACCUCAAUGACCCUGUGUGCCUUCAUUGGCCAAGUGUCAGUGACAAAAUCACCAAUAUUGUAAAGCGCUACAGAAUUUGUUGGCGCUGUAUAAAUGGCAAUAAUAAUUGGCUGUCCCUUAACAUCAUUCACAUAAUUUUCCCUCCCUCUGUCUUGUUUUGCCACUUUUCAGAAAUCCGAAUCACUUCGGAGCUUUGGCACUUCGGACAUUCGUAAGCGUCUGAAUGGCAUGAAAUUCGUGCGAAUAUACAUUCGGAACAAAACAAAUCGCACAUGUCUUAUAGCCCUUUUGCCUAAAUGACUCUGACAGUGUACUCAGGUGCUGAUCUCUGUCUUUUGUGUCAGAGCAAAUGCGGUGAUGUCUGAUACCCUGACUGUAGAUUAAACCUUGUUUGGUGUGACGGGGAUGGAAGCUGGAAUUGUGGAGGUAGCUGUACCGGUCUGUGGGUUUUCUAUAUACAGACCAAUAAAGAAUGCCAUUGGUGACCGUUACUGUGCAGUCCAAAAAACUCACACUAUGAUUUGAAAAGUUCAUUUUAAUGUUUACUGAAGGGUGGAAUGAUUUAUGGAAGUCUAUAAGGCUUUCUUCUUCUGUCUACAUUAUGAAAAUAUUAUUGAUGUAACGAUAAUAUGUAUAUGGUUUGUGCAGCUGUGUUAAACACACAUCUUCAUGUCUUAUAUACAGGUGAUACUCGAAAACAGGCCUUGACAAAUUUGUUUGGAAAAUAGGAGCUAGCUAAAAAAGGUAGGAGCCAGUAAUUUUCAACGAGAAAGUGCAAUUCUUAAAGGGACACUAUAGUCACCAGAACCACUACAGCUUGAUGUAGUUGUUCUGGUGUCUAUAGCCUGUCCCUGCAGGUCUUUCAGUGUAAACACUGCCUUUUCAUUGAAAAGGCAGAGUUUACAUUGCUGCUUAGUAACCUCUCUAGUCACAGUCACUCAGAUGGCCACUAGAGUGUCCUGGGUCACUGCUGCACCACGUGCAGCACCCUGGUUCAGUGUCUCCAAUCUCUGCAUGGAGGCGCUGAAUGUUAAUCAUAGAGAUUGAUUAAUGUAAUGCAAUGCAUCUCUGAGGAGAUGCAGAUUGGUACAUUUGCUGCGCAUGCACAAAAUUCUCCCAAUGCUUUCCUAAGGGAAAGCAUUGCCUUAGCUGAGAUCAUAAAGAUUGAUCAUCUCAGCCAUGGCGAAACUGGCACGGCGUGGGAAAUGGGAAGAAAGGUGAGUAAAAACAUGUGCAAUCGGAGGGGGCAGGUACCUAAACGUGCACACACUGACAGGCUCGCUGACAACAGGCUCACACACACCCAGACAGCAGUCACAGACAUAGACACUCUGACAGGCUCACACACACACUGACAGGCUCACACACACACACACUGACAGGCUCACACACACACACUCUGACUGGCUCACACACACACUCUGACUGGCUCACACACACACUCUGACUGGCUCACACACACACGCUGACUGGCUCACACACACACACGCUGACUGGCUCACACACACACACACUGACUGGCUCACACACUCAUGCGCACACUCUGUGUGAGCCAGUCAGAGUGUGAGUGUGUGAGCCAGUCAGAGUGUGCGCGUGAGUGUGUGAGCCAGUCAGAGUGUGCGCGUGAGUGUGUGAGCCAGUCAGAGUGUGCGCGUGAGUGUGUGAGCCAGUCAGUGUGUGUGUGUGUGUGAGCCAGUAUGUUGUGUAAUAUCUGUGUGUGUGUGUAUGUGCAGUCAGUAAGUGUGUGUAGUAGAAACCAGUGUGUGAGAGCCAGUCAGUGUGUAUGUGAGCCAGUCAGUAUGAGCCAGUCAGUGUGAGUGUAUGAGCCAAUCAGUGUGAGUGUGUGAGCCAGUCAGUGUGAGUGUGAGAGCCAGUCAGUGUGUGUGUGUGAGCCAGUCAGUGUGAGUGUGUGAGCCAGUCAGUGUGAGUGUGUGAGCCAGUCAGUGUGAGUGUGUGAGCCAGUCAGUGUGAGUGUGUGAGCCAGUCAGUGUGAGUGUGUGAGCCAGUCAGUGUGAGUGUGUGUGUGAGUCAGUAUGUGUGAGUGUGUGAGCCAGUCAGUGUGUGUGUGUGUGUGUGAGUCAGUAUGUGUGUGUGUGUGUGUGAGUCAGUAUGUGUGAGUGUGUGAGCCAGUCAGUGUGUGUGUGUGUGUGAGCCAGUCAGUGUGUGUGUGUGUGUGAGCCAGUCAGUGUGUGUGUGUGUGAGCCAGUCGCUCACACACACGCACACACAGUCUGACUGGCUCACACACGCUCACACACACGCACACACAGUCUGACUGGCUCACACACGCACUCUGUCUGACUGGCGCACACAGACUUACACACACACACACACAUUUUUGUUUGAAUUGAAACCCACUCAGCCUCCCUACCUUUGGGAGAGCUGAGAGGGUUCCUGGGGUCCAGUGGGGCUGCACUCUUCCUGUGUUUGAGGGAGCAGCACUCAGCCUGUAGCUCCUCUGUGCUCCCUCGCGUUCUGUAAUGAUUCCGGGGCCGGAAUGACAUCAUAUUCCGGCUCCCGACAUCACACAGGGGGAGGGAGCAGAGAGCAGCUGCAAACAGAGUACUGCUCCCUCGUGCGCCGCCCAUAUUGCUCCCAUGGGCGGCCGCCUCUUCCGUGCUCUUCAGGGCGGCUGCCCACCUCCAUGUACCCGCGGGCAGGCGACCACCUCCUCCAUGCUCCUGCAGGCGGCCGCCCAUCUCCAAAAGAAUCGUGCAAAAGUGAAAAAGUUUAUUUCAGUAAUGCCAUGUAAAAGGGGAAACUAAAAAAUGAGAUAGACGCAUUACAUGCAAAGCAAGAUAGUUCAAGCCGUGAUUUGUCAUGGCUGCAAUGAUUAUGGCUUUCAGCCCAUGAAAACCCCAAAUCCACAAUCUCAGUAAACUAGAAUAUUACAUGCAAUCAAUAAAACAAGGAGUGUACCUAGAACAAUAUCGGACCUCUGAAAAGUAUAAGCAUGCAUUUGGACUCAGUACUUAGUUUAGGCCUCUUUUGCAGAAAUUACUGCCUCAAUGCGGCGUGGCAUGGAAGCUAUCAUCCCGUAGCACUGCUGAGGUGUUAUGGAAGACCAGGAUGCUUUAAUAGCGGCCUUCGUCUCUUUUGCAUUGUUCGGUCUCAUGUCUCUCAUCUUUCUCUUGGCAAUGCCCCAUAGAUUCUCUAUGUGGUUCAGGUCAGGCGAGUUUGCUGGCCAAUCAAGCACAGUAAUCCCACGGUCAUUGAACCAGGCUUUGGUUCUUUUGGCAGUGUGGGCAGGUGCCAAGUCCUGCUGGAAAAUGAAGUCAGCAUCCCCAUAAAGCUCAUCUGCGGAAGGAAGCAUGAAGUGCUCCAAAAUCUCCUGGUAGACGGCUGCGAUGACCCUGGACUUAAUGAAGCACAGUGGACCAACACCAGCAGAUGACAUGGCUCCCCAAAUCAACACAGACUGUGGAAACUUCACACUGGACAUCAAGCAUCUUGCAGUGUGUGCAUUUCCAUUCUUCCUCCAGACUCUGGGUCCUUGGUUUCCCAAAUGAGAUGAAAAAGUUGCUCUCAUCUGAAAAGAGGACUUUGGACCACUGAGCAACAGACCAGGUCUUUAGCCCAGGUAAGACGCUUAAGACGUUGUUUGUUGUUCAGGAGUGGCUUGACAAGAGGAAUACGACAUCUGAAGCCCAUGUCCAGGAUCCGUCUCUGUGUGAUGGCUCUUGAUGCACUGACUCAAGCCUCAGUCCGCUCCUUGUGAAAGUCCCCAACACUUUUGAAUGGCCUUUUCCUGACAAUCCUCUCCAGGUUGCAGUCAUCCCUGCUGCUUGUGCACCCUUUUCUUCCACACUUUUCCCUUCCACAUAACUUUCUAUUACUGUGCUUUGAUACAACACUUUGGGAACAUCAACUUCCUUCGCAAUUACCUUUUGAGGCUUUCCCUCCUUAUGGAGGGUGUCAGUGAUGGUUUUCUGCACAACUGUCAGGUCAGUCUUCCCCAUGAUUGUGAUUCCUACUGAACCAGACUGAGAGACCAUUUAAAGGCUCAGAAACCUUUUGCAGGUGUUAUGGCUUACUUAGCUGAUUAGAGUGGGACACUGUGAUCCUAGAAUAUUGCACCUUUUCACAAUAUUCUAAUUUACUGAGAUUGUGGAUUUGGGGUUUUCAUGAGCUGUAAGCCAUAAUUAUUGCACUUAUGACAAAUCACGGCUUGAACUAUCUUGCUUUGCAUGUAAUGCGUCUAUCUCAUAUAUAUAUUAGUUUCCCCUUUUACGUUGCAUUACUGAAAUAAAUGAACUUUUGCACCAUAUUCAAAUUUUUCGCGUAUCACCUGUAGUUCUUUUUCAGUAUUCUCGCUUCACCUUUAUUGGAUCAAUUUAUAUACAUACAUAUAUGCAGCUAUAUACUUGCAUGCCAUGCUCUGCUGUUUUUGUUUGGUUUUUAACUAGCUUAUUGACUCUCCUCUGUUUAUUUACAUUUUCUGGCUAUUCCCAGCCAACCUGCACCUUUCACUUUCAGGCACAUCUGCUAUUUGACACCCUCCUCCCUCCCCUUCUCUAACAUCAGUUGUUUUAAGUGUUAAACUCUAUUAGAUUGAUCAGUAUUUCUUCGACCUGAGGAAGAGAGGAAAACUCUUCAAAGUUUGUCUUUGAAAUUAGUUAGUCCAAUAAAAAAAGUAUCAUUGCAUACUGCAAAACUCUGGUACUGUGGCAUCUUAUUUAUUACUGCUAGACUAAUACGGCUAAUCCAAUCUACACUAUUACGGCAGAUAUAAAUAAAUACAAAUAAUUGCGCGCAUAUAUAUAUAUAUCUACGUGUAUAUUUUUAUGUAAUCUUUUAUCUUUAGAUUUAUGUGAUUUUAGUAAUUUAAAUUUAAGGGAAACGCCUGAUGGCAGAAAGUGCAGAGAAUUUAAUUCGCAAGCACUAUAUUUAACCCUGUAAAUUUCCAAAAUCGUAAAUUAUAUUACAACAAUGAUAUUGUCAGUGAAAGUGAAGUUUUUUGCAUUUGUCACACACAAACGACACUUUCACUGACUAUAUUAUUGUUUUGAAACAUUAAUAUUUAUAUUCAGUGAAGUCUCCCGAGUAUAACAGUACAGGUUUUAUGGUGUUUUGGAAAAUUUGAUUCAAAUAUAAGGCUUGCAUUUCAGUUUUUUUUUGUUUUUUUUCACAUUGAAAUUUGCCAGAUUGACAAUGUCGCAUUUCAGACCGUAUGGUAGCCCAAGAAUGAGAAUUACCCCCAUGAUGGCAUACCAUUUGCAAAAGUAGAAAACCCAAGGUAUUGCAAGUGGGGUAUGUCCAGUCUUUUUUUUUUUUAGUAGCCACUUAGUCACAAACACUGGCCAAAGUUAGCAUUGUUUUUUUGCAUUUUUCACACAAAAACAAAUAUGAAUGCUAACUUUGGCCAGUGUUUGUGACUAAGUGGCUACUAAAAAAAAUUGGACAUACCCCAUAUUGAGUACCCAUCAUGGGGGUAUUUCUCAUUCAAAGGCAACAUAACCAACCUGGCAAAUUUUUAAUGUGUAAAAACUGAAAAAUGAUACGUGCUAUAUUUAUUUGGCCAUGUAACUUUCCAAAACACCAUAAAACCUGUUCAUGAAAGGGGGUACUGUUGUACUUGUGAGACAUCGCUGAAUAGAAAUGUGUAUUUUAUUGCAGUAAAAGCUAACCGGAUUAUGAUAUUAAAAAACUUUUUAAAGAUUUUAUUCAUAAUUGUUAUAUAUAUAUGAAUAGUUGCUGUGAAAUGAAAGCCAUGUUUCUCCUGAACAGAAUUAUAUAUAUUAAGUGUGAGGUCACUUAAAGGACCACUCUAGGCACCCAGACCACUUCAGCUUAAUGAAGUGGUCUGGGUGCCUGGUCCAGCUAGGAUUAACCCUUUCUUCUAUAAACAUAGCAGUUUCAGAGAAACUGCUAUGUUUAUAAAUGGGUUAAUCCAGCCUCUAAAGCCUCUAGUGGCUGUCUCAUUGACAGCCGCUAGAGGUGUUUGCGUGCUUCUCACUGUGAAAAUCACAGUGAGAACAGGCAAGCGUCCAUAGGAAAGCAUUAUUAUGCUUUCCUAUGAGACUGGCUGAAUGCGCGCGCAGCUCCUGCCGCGCAUGCGCAUUCAGCCGAAGAGGAGGAGAGCUCCCCGCCCAGCGCUGGAGAAAGAGGUAAGUUUUAACCCUGUCCUCGCCAUCCAGCCUGGCGGGAGGGGGUCCCUGAGGGUGGGGGCACCCUCAGGGCACUAUAGUGCCAGGAAAAAAAGUGUGUUUUCCUGGCACUAUAGUGGUCCUUUAAUAUGAAAGAGGUGAUUUAUGGUUGAACAGACUUCUAAUGCAAAUUCCAGUUUUUGUUUACAUUUUGUUUUGAUCAAAAUUUGUACAAUUGCCUCUGUCCUUAACCCCUUAAGGACCAAACUUCUGGUAUAAAAGGGAAUUAUGACAUGUCACACGUCAUGUGUCCUUAAGGGGUUAAUGUGCUAAUUUUGAAACUUUUCUUUUUUCUUUAAAUUGUAUAAAAUAUAUUUAAAAAAAGAAAACCUUUUUAUAAACAUAGUGUGUGAAUGUAUUUAAUUUCUAAUUCUCUAGUCUGCCUUUAAUUAUAGGAAAUUGAUGUGCUUUUGUUUUUCUUUUCAGAAAAAUCUAAAGGUAUCACUCUUUAAGAAUACAUGAAAUGACCGGACUGCUGCUCUUUAACUUCAUAUAGUGUUGUAGUAAAGCGGUUUUAUUUUUCGAUUGAGAUGUAAAAAAGUUUUUUUUUGCCUCAUUUACUGGUUUGAAAACCUUAUAACUAAAG